AUGGAACCGGCGCGGCUGAAUGACUACUUGCAUCCGCACGAAAUCAACACGCCCCACUUUUGCGGCCGCGUGCUGGUACGCAUCCUCGACGCCUCGGGCGCCAAGGAGGGCGAGCCGGGCCAAGAGUACUUUGCGGACCGCUCGCGCAAGUUUUGCAUCCAGAUCGAGGGGCGCUUCAAGCAGGAGUGGUCGGGCGACGACAUUCACUUUGGCACAGACUUUGACAAGUUUGUGCCGUUUCCCCGUGCGCCGUUCAAUGCCGGCAUGCAUGUGGCUCGCAUGAUUGAUCCGUGCACUUUCUACGAGGAGCACCCGCCGUCCGGACGCCCGUACAUCAUGUCGCCAUACGUCGCGUGUAUGAACGUCUUUUGUGCGUGGCCCGCGCCGAACCACAUGGAAGACGCAGUGGUCGUCUACCGUCACACGGACGGCAAGGGAGAGCUUGAAUACACCACGAACCCGGGCACGCUCGAGCACCAGCACGACGGCGACGUGGUGCCGGUUGAGCGCCUCGAGCACCACCCCGAGUCGCCCAUGACGGAAAAGAAGCACGGAUGGUUCUCGGGUCUCCGCAGACACACGACGCACGACGAACGCAUCACGGACAACUACUGGCGCUUUGUCGGCUUUCAGACCGACCCGCGCGUGCGUGCGGUGCUCGAAAGUCAUUCCUCCUCGUCGCGCUCGUCGAACUCGCCCGUAUCGGUGCGCAGCACCAUGUCGCCGUCGCCGAUCGAGACGCCGCCACCCCAGCCAGCACCGGUCGCAGCGCCACAGCCGACGCCGGUCGCGGCGCCAAAGCCAACGCCGGUCGCGGCGCCAAAGCCAAUGCCGGUCGCGGCGCCAAAGCCGAUGAUGGCAAACAAGCCCGAACCGAGCCAGACUCACCCCCCGGCGCCGGCACGCACCGGCACGCCGUCGGUCGGCAAGCGCCUCGCAUCCAAGUCACAGAAGCUCUGGCACGGUAUCGACAAAAACAUGCUCGUCACCCUCGGCUCGAGCAGCAAGCACGCAGGUGUCACCGUCGACCGCAACCACGUCGACCGCCCUACGACGCCGAAGCUGCCCGAAUUUGACUCGAGCACGCUGCACCAUGAGGCGGACUGGUCGGAUCCGUCGUCGCAGGGUGCUGCGCCGGCGCCGAGCCUGGCCGCUGCCAACCUUCCUUCGCCGCCCGGAACUGCGCCGGUUGCGUCGCGCGUCUCGGCAGUGUCGGGCAUGAGCCCGAUUACUACGGCUCCGGUUGCGACGCGCCCGGGCGCGCCGCCGGCUGCGUCGCCGCAAGACUCGCUUUCGCACAGCAUGGAGAGCAUGCAUGUCUCGCCAACCCAAGGCGAGCAGACGGUCGAGCAGCAGCUCGGUCCGUGGCGCUUUGCCGACCCGGCGGCCGACAUGGUCGAAGACAAUGCAUUCGUCUUUUUGAACGAGAGCGUCUCGGUACCUCACCGCCGGAAGCACUUUGCGGAUAUAAAGAACCGUAAGGAAUUUAAGUACGACCCGAAUGUCGUGUAUGGCGCAUCGUUCUUUUCGAACCUGAUGGACUUCAACACAUUUGACCUGGCCAUCGGGCCGGUCCGCAUCAACGUCUCCCCAUUCUUCCAGGAGAUGCCGAUCCGCUACUCGCUCCGCGCAAAGGGCGAUGAGGAGUUGACAUUUUGCACAAUUUCUUUCCAGCUCGUAAAUUAA